CCAAUGUAACGUUCGUUUCGACGAGACCCCCCUACACCUAUCUCUCUCUCUCUCUCUCUCUCCGAAGAAUAUUAUACUACAUAAAUCUGAUAUAUCUAUCUACCUAAACACAUCAGAUUCGAAAAUGCACAACACAUACCUGAGCUCAAUCUCUCUCUCUCUCUUCGAAUCGCCGGACUGAACCAAUCUCCGUAUCUCUCUACUACUCUUUCAGCUCUUAGUCAUUUCUCUCCUAUGGCGCUUGAUUCGUGCCAGGAGGUGAGACUUUUCGCUUCUCUCUAAUGUCCCUGCCAAUUACGCUGUUGGGCCAAGAUGCCUAUAGCAUUUUAGUGUUACCUGAUGAAGGCACCACUAAUUUGCAAUGUGAAUCACAAUUACUUUUCUUGGGCCACUCAGAAGUCCCCAACUCAACUGAUAGCCAGAUGUGCUUGGAUGCUGAAUUGAAUUGCCAAAACUACGUCAAUCUAGAUAUAGAAAAUGCAAAUGCUUACCCCCCAUGCCUUGUGGAUAUGGACAUUGAGAAGGGAAAUUCAGAGACAGCUAAAACCAAUGAUGAAGAUGUGGAAAAAUUGAAGAUUGAGGGUCCGUUAACUCAUUUGCAGAAGACAUUGCAGAGACAGAUUAGCUUACAAAUAGGAGAGAAGUUUGUGCAGCUUUUAAUGAAUGACAGCCUUGUGUCACCCAAAUUCCCUUCUAGAGAUAAAUCUACAGUUGAAAAGGUUCAUGAAACUCCCAAUAACAGAAUGAGGAAAUAUAAGCGCUCUGCUUCAUUCAAUUCAAGAAAAGUUGUUGUCCUGUUCUCUGUCUUGUCAAGUAUGGGAACAAUUAUUCUGAUAUAUUUGACACUCAGAGUGAGACAGAUUGGUGAUGGGUACAUUCACGGCGGAUAAGUUCUACAUUUACAUGCCCUCCCUCCGGUGCUUGAUCUUCCUUAGUGAAGGAGUCUCUCUAAUACUCUUGUUAGGGUUUUAUUCUAUGUUUAUUUUUAUUUUUGGGUUUAAUUUUAAAUUAUCCUUUUGUGCUUGUUCUUCACUGUAAAUAAUUUGAACUUAUUACAUCCAUAAUUUGAGCUGAUGCUCCCCCUUGGAUUAUGUUAAGUCAUGCUUGUUCAAAUGAAAUAAUGCCAAUUUUGAGGUAA